CUGGCGAUGCCAGCGCUGCCAUGGCAGCCUUGGGCUCCUGCCAGCUGCUGCACAAGGCCCUGGAGGGAGCGGCCGUUAAGGCCCUGCAGCCGCAACUCGGCUCUCGGAGGAGGUUGGCCAGCACUUGCUUUGUGCGUGGGACAGCUGCUCAAAGGACCCUGUUCCUGCAGAAGGAUGGCUGCAAAGAAAAAGGAGGUAGUGCUGCAGGCAGCCACUGUUCCAGUAGUGCCACUAAAUGGGAGGAUCCUGCCCUUGGCUGGAUGCUGCUGUCCUUUCCCUCUGCCUUUUCUUGGAUCUUGAGAGACAUCUCAAUCAGCUGGUCCGAGAUUAACAUUACUAGCCAGGAGCUUUGGGAAGAAGUGCUCUGUCUCAAAGGACUCAUUGUUGUCGAUGUGUUUCAAGCCUGGUGUGGCCCAUGCAAACCAGUAGUGAAUCUGUUCAAAAAAAUCAGGAACGAAGUUGGCAGUAAUCUCCUGCAUUUUGCUGUGGCUGAAGUUGAUUCCAUUGAUGCUCUGGAAAAAUACAGAGGACAAUGUGAGCCUGUCUUUCUCUUUUAUACAGGAGGAGAAUUAGUGGCUGUUGUAAGAGGAGCAAAUGCACCAUUGCUGCAGAAGACCAUCCUGAAAUACCUGGCAGGGGAAAGGAAGGGUUUACAUGGAAGAGAGCCUGUGGUGGUGCCAGACAGAGCCUUCUCCAGAGAGCAGGGAAGCACAGCUCCCCUUCAGGAGGAACAACGGGAAGGACUAACAGGCUGACGCACCCAUCGGGUACGGGAUGACAACCGCAGUCGUGGAGCGGAUGCGAGUUUUUUCAAUAAAUACAAGAUUUCCGUGUGGUAGCAGCA